UCUAACUUCCCUGCCCCUGGGCUCGACCUCCCGGAGUCGUGUAGGGUGACAACGGCCGGCCGUGCGCCCAAAGGACGCGAGCGAUGGGUCUGUUCUCAGAGCUGAAGCUGGCUGUGCCCUGGGGCCACAUUGCUGCCAAAGCCUGGGGCUCCCAGCACGGCUUCCCCGUUCUCUGCCUGCAUGGCUGGCUGGACAACGCCAACUCCUUCGACAGACUCAUUCCUCUUCUCCCAAAAGACUUUUAUUACGUUGCCAUGGAUUUCGGGGGUCAUGGGCUGUCGUCCCAUUAUGGCCCAGGUCUCCCGUAUUACCAACUAAACUUUGUGAGUGAGAUCCGAAGAGUUGUAGCAGCCUUGAAAUGGAAUCGUUUGUCCCUCCUGGGCCACAGUUUUGGCGGCAGUGUGGGUGGAAUGUUUUCCUGUAUCUUCCCUGAGAUGGUAGAUAAACUCAUCUUGCUGGACUCAACCCCUUUCUUCCUGGACUGUAACGAAACAGGGAACCUGCUGACCUACAAGCGGAAACUGAUAGAGCACACGCUGCAGAUGGGGGAAUUCUCCAAGAAGCCCUCGCGCGUGUUCAGCCAGGAGGAGGUGCUACACAGGUUCCUGCAGAAUAACAGCCAUGUGAAUGAGGAGUGUGGGGACCUCCUGCUGCAGAGAGGAGCCACACAGGUGGCCACAGGUGUGACGCUCAACAGGGAUCGGAGGAUCAGUUUGCCAGAGCAUUCCAUCGACUUCAUCAGCAGGGAGCAGUAUGAGCACUCCAUCACGAAGCUACAGGCCCACACCCUGCUCAUCAAAGCAAUCCAUGGAUAUUAUGAUGUGAGGAGAGAGAACGAUGCUAACAAGGAGCCCGUGCAUUACAUGGUUGGCAAGUUGAAAUCUGCCUUAGAAGAGCGGUUCCAGUUUGUGGAAGUCCCAGGCAAUCACUACGUCCACAUGAGCCACCCCCACCAUGUGGCCGGUAUCAUCAGCUCCUUCUUACAGAGCAGGGACAGGGUCCCAGCCCAGCAGUAGCCCAGGGCUACUGAGGCCUCGCUCUCAGCACCUGCGCCCAGCUCCCAAGCCCGCAGCCAGGCCAAGCAUGGUGGGGACAAGCCUCACAAUCUUGAGCGGUUUGGCCAGCAGAGUGGAGGUGUGGGGGUGAGGCUCCGGCAUUUGUGACUUCACAGGGGAGACCGUCUGGACUUAGGGGACUGUCUGCUAAUCAGCAGUGAGCCACAGUGGCUGCAGGGAGGGGCUGAGACAGGCCACCCAGGCCUGCAGCCUGGCAGCUUUUGCAGCCUUUUCCUGCUGCCGACUGGAUAAAAAAUGGUUCUUGUAUUCUCAA